GCUGUGUGGUACUUUGCAACCGACACGCCGUAGACUGGAGACGGUAGCUAAGGCGCUGGCGCUGGCGCUGUCGAAGGCGACAUAAAACUUAACACAAAGCCUUACAAGCCGAUCAGUCGACAACAUUUCACUUUGGUCGUAGGAAGCAACCGAACCAAUCGCAUCGCCAGCAAUCAGCGCUGACAGCAACAAAUAUCGGAAAAGAAAUUUUUAUAGCAGACGCAAACGACAUUUUUACAGUUCGUGGAAGUUCGCGGCAUUAAACAUACGCACUUAAUUUAAGUGUUUGUGGAAGCAAAAAUCGAAAAUUGCAAGUGGAGCGUUUAAUAAGCGUGUUGUGGUGAAGUUAUUCGAUAGCAGACGGACAAUGAACACGAAACGCUGUCAAAUUGCGCUGCUGCACUUGUCGCUGUUACUCAGCGUUUUCGUGCUGGACUCCGCACUGGCCGGCUCCAUUUACACGCUAGACGACACAGCGCCCGUCAAACCAACCAAAGAGCCCGCCAAGUUUGUCGUCAUCACCGAGGAUGUCAUACCCGAUGUCGCGAAUACAACACAAAAAGUGAUACGCGUCAAUCCACUCGAUUUGCCAGCGCUAACCGAAGAUUCCAGCGGUAGCGAGGACUCAUCAUUGUACAAAAUACAGAGUUUACUGCCAGCAAAUCGCAACUACGUGAACUCGAAUCGUAUGCGUGGCAAGAAGACGCGUCCUAAGGAUGUUAAGGCCGCCACUGACAGCAAGGUUGCCGAUUCACCGAUCAUCCGUCAACUUACCGAACCGAAAUUCCGUAAACCGAGUCGCAAUCAAAAGAAGAAUCUGCAUUUCCUCUACAAUCAAGAGGCCUUAGAUGGGCAUAAAGUGAGCAAAACUAUGAAUGUGCGUGUGGCACCUGGCGCCUACCCCGUUUACUAUGUGGUUUCGAAAACUAAUGGACGCUUUGGUAAGUAUCCAAUUAAGGGUUUUCGCACGCCAACCGAAUUUCUGAAAUAUUUGGCAAAAAGCAAAGUGACGCCUUUGGAGCAGGCGCAGCGUUUGGAGAGUUGAGUGGAGCUGAAGGUGUGUUAAACAUACUUAGCAUAGCAUAAAUAUAUAAUUAAGUCUAAGUAAUGAUAGUAGAUUUGCAGCGCUGUUCAAAACAGAUGAUGAGUGUGGAUUCAUGAUUUUAUUGCUUAGAUAAAGCAGGUAGUUUUUUAUUUUGAAGUGCUACACCCAACUUGGUAUUUAUUUUUAUGAGUAAAUUGUAUA